UGGCACAGUCACCCAGGGCUUCGCAGGACCCAGUCACUGAGUGACAGAUGGACAAUGCAAGAAUGAGCUCCUUCCUGGAAUACCCCAUUCUCAGCGGAGGCGACUCGGGGACCUGCUCAGCGCGAGCCUACUCCUCAGACCAUGGGAUUACAACUUUCCAAUCGUGCGCAGUCAGUGCCAACAGCUGCGGCGGCGACGACCGCUUCCUAGUCGGCAGGGGUGUACAAAUCAGCCCUCCCCCCCACCAUCACCAUCAGCAUCACCACUCCCAGCCAGCCACCUACCAGACUCCUGGGAACCUGGGGGUGUCCUACUCCCACUCGAGUUGUGGCCCAAGCUAUGGCGCUCAGAACUUCGGCGCGCCUUACAAUCCCUACGCGUUAAAUCAGGAAGCAGACGUAAGUGGUGGGUACCCCCCAUGCGCUCCCGCUGUUUAUUCUGGAAAUCUCUCAUCUCCCAUGGUCCAGCAUCACCACCACCACCAGGGUUAUGCCGGGCGCACUGUGGGCUCGUCUCAGUACAUUCAUCACUCAUAUGGACAAGAGCAUCAGAACCUGGCCCUGGCCACGUAUAAUAACUCCUUGUCCCCUCUCCACGCCAGCCAAGAAGCCUGUCGCUCCCCUGCGUCGGAGACAUCUUCUCCAGCGCAGACCUUUGACUGGAUGAAAGUCAAAAGAAACCCUCCCAAAACAGGGAAAGUUGGAGAAUACGGCUACGUGGCUCAACCCAAUGCGGUGCGUACCAACUUCACUACCAAGCAGCUGACGGAGCUGGAGAAGGAGUUUCACUUCAACAAAUAUCUGACGCGUGCCCGCAGGGUGGAGAUCGCCGCGUCCCUGCAGCUCAACGAGACUCAGGUGAAGAUCUGGUUCCAGAACCGCCGAAUGAAGCAGAAGAAACGAGAGAAGGAAGGGCUCUUGCCCAUCUCUCCGGCUACCCCGCCGGGAAGCGAUGAGAAGGCUGAGGAAUCUUCGGAGAAGUCCAGCUCCUCGCCCUGCGUUCCCUCCCCGGGUUCUUCUACCUCAGACACUCUGACUACCUCUCACUGAGGCCGCAGCCCCUGCCCAAAACUCCACAGUCCAGUCUUCUCGGACUGGGACUUCUUACCCAAAGCACAUUCUUAGCUUAUCUUCCUUUCCAUUUACAGUCUCUUUCUUCCUUUCUUAUCGUAUCUGGGAGCACCUGGCCAGGUUAAUGUGUUUCCAGAGAAUUCUGGACCAGAUACUUGGUGGGAGGUUUACUCCUUAAUUCAGAUUGGGUGCCAGCAUCAAUUUUCUGAUGGGCCCUAAAGCCCCUCUGGGCCUUUAAGGAUAUUUCCAGAACUAAGUAUUCCUUUCAGAUGUCCUUUGGAAAAUAGUCCCCUAUACAAGCAGAAACAUGCCAUAGGGAGGCCUUUCAUCUUUCAUCUAUGUGUAUCUUUACAGUUGUCCCUUACCCUGACCUUAAAAGUAGGAUAGUGAGAAGAAAGAGUCCAGGAGGUCAUGAAGAAUAGAUGCACUAUGGAAUGUGUUUACACAAUUCAUUCAUCCCUUAACUUAAUUCAGUUUCAUGUGUGUGAGUUAGCUGGUUGUAAAUAUUUUGUCUGAGAGAUUUAUCUUUAUACAGAUUUUCUAGAGUUUACGUGACUCAAACAGGGUGGACAAACUCUCAAGGCUGGUACAAUUUUAUAUGUGACUAUAGGUGAAAGAAUAAAUUCCCUCACUGAAACCCAAUCAGAUGCCUCAGAAGGUAGCCUCAAUUUGUUUUUUCACUGAGUUAAGAAGGCAUGUAGAGCACAAGGUUCAGAAACCUGGCUUCCUGUAUUAAGUCUUUCCCUAUCCCUACCCCUUUCUUCUUGCUUCUCUAGUCACCUUCCAUUUAAAAUUUGUGGUGGAUUAUUCUGGACCUAAAGUUAUUUUUCAAACCAGCUUCUUCCUUCCACAGUUCUGUAGCUGGAUAUGAUGUAUUUUUGGCUCAAUUGUUAAUGUGAUGGAUGGCGCAAUGAAUGUAUAUUUUGUGUGAUUCGUGAAUAGUCUUUUGCAUGUCGCACAAUAUUUUGAUGUCCCUGAAGUACCACACUGAGUUCUAUCAGUUAUCCUCUGUGAACCUAUGAUUUUCCCAUUUUCUGUACAAUCACGAAUAGCUCUGAGAUCCUGGAGUGAUGUGAUCAAGAGCAGAGUUUACGGGUCUUAAGAUGUCUGUAAUAAAAUAUAUUCAAGUUUCAGGUAUGCUCAAGUAUCAGUGUAUUUGGCUGGGAUACAAUUUGUUGAUUCCUACAAAGUAUUCUCUUUUCAUUUGGGGAAGGGGAAAAAGAGUGGUGUGC